AUGCAGAGAGCGAUAAAGGAAAAUCUGAAAGAGAGAAGAGCAGCAUUUAUGGACGAAGCCGCCGAGGUCGGAAAGAGCAUUCAUGAAGCCCGACGGAGCUUCGCCAAUUACAAAACCAAGAUGACUUCCCUUUGUCGUCCUGACGGGACAGUUACUGCAUCUCGAAGGGCAAUGGAGAAGGUCAUCCAAGACUUCUACUCUGUUUCCGUCCACAGCCACGUCAACCUGUCUACCCACCAUAUUAGGCAAGACGGAUAUAUAGCUCCUUCGGUUCUCCCUUCCUGA